AUGAAGAUAGGCUGCUUGCCAUUGUUAAUAUCAAGUGCGGUCGCAUUGAGGGCCGUGAUAGAUGCUGAAGAAUUGGUUGUAUUCAAGAAUGCUGAAUUUGAGGAAUCUUUCAUUGACUCCAUUUAUGGAGAAUUGGUCGAAUCGGAAGAGUCUAUGAAAUUCAAACAAGAGUUAGUUGGUAAUCGGGAAGUAAUGCUGCAUAGUUCGUAUAUAGAGGAACAAGGCUCUAGAGAUCUCCAGGCAGAGAUGGAAAGUUUACUUAGAACCGCAGAUUAUGCUUCUUUUUCAGAAUUGCAACGAAAGUCUUCAAAGGAAGAUAUGGCUGCAAGAUCUCAUCAAGGUUACAGGAAAUACAAAAGUAAAAUCGAGUACCCUGACAGCGAUGAUACAUCAGACUUAAGUGCACCAAGCUUGUUCGGAGGAAUCUUGACCUUUGCACAUCUUAGUCACUUUAACUGCUUUGAUCCUAAAUUGUAUCACAAGAACAUUGAUAUUGCCAUUGUUGGUGCUCCUUUCGACACGGGAACCAGCUACAGACCAGGAGCAAGAUUUGGCCCCGAGGGACUUAGACUGAAUUCAAGAAGGUUGGGUGAAGGAAGAACGCCAGUCAGGGGAAAUGGGAAGCCUGACUCGAAGUUGAUUGGGUUGGAUCCUUACGUUACCAAUUUUUCAGUCAUUGACUGUGGCGAUGUCCCCAUGACUCCCUUUGAUAACAGAAUUGCUCUAAAUCAGCUAUACAGAGGAGAAAGGGCAAUUCAUAAGCACAAGACUACUGUUGCUGGUAAUAGGGCCCCUAAGAUCAUUACCAUGGGUGGUGACCAUACCAUCACAUUGAUGGCUUUAAAAUCUGCUUAUGAGCAGUAUGGUAAGUUGUCCGUGUUGCACUUUGAUUCUCAUAUUGAUACAUGGAAUCCUAAGGUGUUGGGUGGUGGCAUAACCGACUACAUGUCCUUGAACCAUGGGACUUUCCUCCACUACGCAGCUGAGAAUGGAUACUUGAACAAGUCGAGUUGCAUGCAUUUGGGAUUAAGAGCUCCAUAUAUUGCACCAAAAUACGAUAUCAAGCAUGAUAAGCAAUGUGGAUUUGAAACGAUAACUGCUAGAGAUCUCGAUAAUUUCGGCAGAGAAGCGAUAAUUGAGAGAAUUCAAAGAAGAGUAGGUGACCUGCCAGUUUACAUAUCAGUAGAUAUCGACGUAUUAGAUCCCUCAGUUGCACCAGCAACAGGAACCAUGGAAGCUGGAGGUUGGACUACAAGAGAAUUGUUAGGAAUCCUUGAUGGUUUAGAAGGAAUUAACUUGGUGGGAGCAGAUGUUGUAGAAGUCAGUCCACCAUUUGAUACAAACUCCGAAAUUACACAGUUGGCCGCAACCGAGGUGAUCGACUCGUUUUUGGGGUUGAUGAUGGUUAAUGAUAUAUAG